AUGGCUAUAAGAAGCUCGACCGUCUUUUUCCUAGUACUAUUAUCAUCAUCGAUUAAUGCAUUUUAUCUACCAGGUUUGGCACCAAAUGUAUUCUGUCGAAAUCCUAUACCAGAUUCAAAAUGCAAAACAAAAGUUGAAGUAUUUGUCAAUCGUCUUGAUUCAGUUGAAUCUGUAUUACCUUAUGAAUAUCCAUAUUUUGAUUUUUGUUCUGUUACUGAUGAACCAUCACCGGUAGAAAAUCUUGGUCAAGUUUUAUUUGGUGAACGAAUUCGUCCAUCACCUUAUAAAUUUGAUUUUCUCAAAAAUGACGAUUGUCAUUUUGUAUGUCGAAAGAAAUAUGAAGCAGGUGAUGCUCAAAAACAAAAAUUGCUUAAACGUUUAAUGAAAGGAAUGGUUUUAAACUAUCAACAACAUUGGAUUAUUGACAAUAUGCCUGUAACAUUAUGUUAUAAAAAUACGGAAAAUCAAGAAUUUUGUGCACGUGGUUUUCCUAUUGGUUGUUAUGUUACAAAAAGUGGUCAAUCAAAAGAAACAUGUAAUAUUCGUGAUGGAAAAAAUGAUACAUUUUAUGUAUUUAAUCAUUUGGAUUUUGAAAUAAUUUAUCAUAGUGGACAAGAUGAAACAUGGGGAACUGCAUUUGGUGAAAAUGGUGGUCGUAUUAUUGCAGCAAAAGUACAAGUUAAUAGUUUAAAUUCAGAUAAAUGUGAACGUGGUAGUGAACCACUUAUGUUUCAAUCAACAGCAAAAGAUGUUGAAAUAUCAUUUACAUAUAGUGUUAAAUUUGUAAAAAAUAAUGAUAUACGUUGGGCUAGUCGAUGGGAUUAUAUAUUGAAAUCAUUACCACAAACACGUAUACAAUGGUUUUCAAUUUUAAAUUCAUUAGUUAUUGUUUUAUUUCUUUCUGGUAUGGUUGCUAUGAUUUUAUUACGUACAUUACAUAAAGAUAUUGCUCGAUAUAAUCAAAUGGUUGAUGCAGAUGAUGCACAAGAAGAAUUCGGUUGGAAAUUGUAA